AUGGACGUCUGUGGCAGUCACUUUGCCAAGCGUCCAAGAACGGAGGAGGAGGACAGAUUAUCCGAUCGCCGCACUACCCGAAAGGGACAGAGGAAGCCUUCGCGCUCAUCGGCUUCGGACUUGGGAGAAGAUGGCAGCUUGAUCUCCAUGAUUGCGAAGUUGACGCUUCGUCAAGAGGACCAAUUGAACCAGAUCCACCUCGACGAGAGCUUCAUCUUCUUUGUCCAAGCAGGAAAAGGCAGCAUUUUGCCACUGAUGUUGAAGACAUCAAAGGACUGGCAUGGGCAACGGGAGGAGAAGACCUUGAAGCCAGCAGCCAGAGAUCCACUCCCAUCCGAGGAAGCCGCAGCAUUGAUCCAGAAGAUCCAUACUCUGGCGGCUCAAGCGGACCUCAUUCACCGGUUCACAGCUUUGAAACCAAUGCCACAGGAUUCCACGGUGACGGACUCAGUGGUGGUGCCUUGGAGACUGGACAUCUCACUGAGGGGCCAAGCAGCACAAGAUCUCUAUGCAGCCCUUCAACAGCUGACAGGCAGCGGGCUUACGCAGCUGAUCUUUGUUCGAAUCCGACCAUCGACCUUGCAAAGGUCACCAUUGGCACAGGCCGUUGCAGCUCGCUUGAUGAAAUGA